CACACUUGCAACAAUGGGGCACUUCAUCACAAUCAACAGUGAGUGGUAAUUUAUGUAAUUGUGAUGCUACUCUGAGCUCAUUCCCCAUUGGGCGGGAGUUCACCAGUGUGUCUCAGGCCACGCACAUGUGCACACCAAUCCCAGAUGAUUAUUUGCCUAUCUCUCUCUCCCCCUCUCUCAGAAGCAGUCCUGGUACCAGAUGCUGUAUCUGUCAAGAUCCAGUCCAGAACAGAGAAACCCACCAAGAGACAUUACAAUAGGAAGUUUUUGAAAAGCCCUUUUUAUUUUUCACUUUCAGUACUGCAGCUCUGAUGGCCCAACUCCCAGGAUACAGAUCCAUAAAGAUCAGCCCAGCACUCUGAACAGCUCAGAGGGAGGAGCCUGACCAGAAGUUCCUCAUGCUCUUGCCUUGUUCUUUUUCUCUGGACAGGUGGCUCCUUAAUGACAGAUCCUUAAUGACAGAUGCAUAAUGGCUGUGGUUGAGACUCUGAUGCACAUCAGGGUCACUUUUCUACCGCUCUGGCUUGGGAUAUCUCUGUCCAUUCCUGGCCUUUCUCAGGCCAGUCCCUCCCAGCAUUUCACCUCCCCAGAAGUGGUGAUCCCCUUGAAGGUUAUCAGCAGGGACAAAAGUGCAGAGGCUCUAGGUUGGCUCUCCUAUAGUCUACGGUUCGGAGGCCAAAGACAUAUUGUCCACAUGAAGGCCAAGAAGCUGUUAGUUUCUCCACACCUCCCAGUGUUCACUUACACAGAGCAGCAUGUCCUCCAUCAGGAUCAGCCCUUUGUCCAGGAUGACUGCUACUAUCAUGGUUUUGUGGAAGGGAUCUCUGAGUCCCUGGUUGCCCUCAGCACCUGUUCCGGGGGCUUUCAAGGAAUGCUACAGAUAAAUGAACUUGCUUAUGAAAUUAAGCCAAUAAAGCUUUCUGUUACAUUUGAACACUUGUUAUAUAAGAUAGACACUAAUGAGACACAGUUCCCAUCUAUGAGAUGUGGGUUAACAGAAGAGAAAAUAGCACGUCAAUUGGAAUUGCAAAUGUCACAUAAUUUCACUCUGAAACAAAGUUCUUAUUUGGGGUGGUGGAUCCACUCACGUUUUCUUGAGAUAGCAGUGGUUGUGGACUAUCAUAGAUAUGUUUUCUUGGAAAGGAAUGUGACAACGAUAAAGUUGAACAUAAUUGAUAUUAUCAAUGUAGUGGAUUCUAUAUAUCAGGCCUUAGAAAUUGACCUAGUUUUGACUGGGUUGGAGGUCUGGACUACAGAUAAUCCAAUUAAUACCACUGAUAUCUUAGAUUAUGUUUUGGACUACUUUUGUACUUGGAAGCAAAAUAACCUUGCUAGACGUCUGCAUCAUGAUAUUGUACAUCUGUUUUUGAAAGAAUAUCGUGGUGCCGGGAAACUUGGUGUCGCCUAUGUUGGAGGAGCAUGCCGUCCUCUUUAUAACUGUGGAGUUGAACUGAUUUCAGGCAACCAACCUUCCAAUUUUGCAAUUGCUAUGAGCCAUGAGAUUGGUCAUAAUUUGGGUAUGUGGCAUGAUGAACGAUAUUGUGGAUGUGGAUCCAGGGCAUGCGUAAUGAAUAAGUACUACACUUAUUCAUUUAGAUUUAGCAAUUGCAGUUAUGCCGAUUAUUGGAACAAUCUCCGGAAUACAUGUAUUUAUCCUGUUGCACAUGAUUCGGAUGUCUUUAAGAUUAAAUACUGUGGGAACGAAGUAGUUGAUGCAGGAGAAGAGUGUGAUUGUGGAUCUUCCCAGCAGUGUGCAAGAAAUCCCUGUUGUCAUUCUAAUUGCACUUUCAGUCCUGGAUCAUCUUGUUCUUCUGGGCUUUGUUGCAAAGACUGUAAAUUUAGGCCACCAGGGACUUUAUGUAGACAUCCAGCCAGUAAAUGUGACCUUCCAGAGUGGUGCAAUGGGACAUCCCAUGAAUGCCCAGAUGAUGUAUAUGUGCAGGAUGGAAGCCCUUGUAGUGACAAUGCCUACUGCUAUAAAAAGAUAUGUAAUACCCAUGAUUUACAGUGUAAAGAGAUUUUUGGCAGAGAUGCAAGGAGUGCAUCUCAGAGUUGCUACAAUAAAAUCAACACCCAAGGAAAUCGUUUUGGGCACUGUGAUAUUGUAGGCACAAGAUAUAUCAAAUGUUCGGAACCUGAUAUCAUGUGUGGAAGGGUUCAGUGUGAAAAUGUGAAAAAAAUUCCCACUCUCCAAGCACAUUUUACAGUGCAUCAGCUUAACUUCAAUCAAAACACUUGCUGGGGCACUGAUUAUCAUUUAGGGAUGUCCAUACCUGAUAUUGGUCAAGUUAAAGAAGGCACCUCAUGUGCUCCAGGAAAGAUCUGCAUCAGUAAGAAGUGUGUCAGUAUGGUUCAGCCGACCGAAAUCUGUCAGCCUGAGACCUGCAACAUGAGGGGGGUCUGCAAUAACAAACAUCACUGUCACUGCAACCAUGAAUGGUCACCUCCCAACUGUAGUAACAAAGGCUAUGGAGGUAGUGAAGAUAGUGGUCCACCUCCUAUGGAUGUGACUAGAACUACCACUGCAAAUGUGCCUGGACAUGCAACUGCAACUACCACAGGAAAUGCGCCUGGGCCGGACACUGGAAGUGCUACCGGAAUUGUGCCAGGAAGAACAACUGGAAACACCAUGGAAUAUACGCCUGAUAUUGGACAAACGACUGAAAGGACUAAAAAUACUGCUGGAAAUGGGCCUGGAGGAGCGACUGGAAAUAACACUGGAAAUGCUCCUGAAGGAACGACUGGUUAUGUCACUGGAAGUGCGUUGAAAAAGGAAAAAUCAUGGUUAUUAUGGCUCCUUAUCUUGCUUCUUUUUAUUUUAUGUUUAGUCUCUUUGAAUUAUUUAGCAUUGAAAAAGAAACAGAAAACUAUUGGUCAACCAAAACCUGAGGAGAAGAAAGUGGAAGGAAAGGAAGAAGUCAUACCUAAUUAAAAUGAUCUCUAAUUUUUAACAGUGGAGAAAAACAGGGCAUGUCUUUCUCCACAGAAAUUUAAAGGUCGGUCAUUGGAGGAUCAUAAGCUGUAAGUAUUACAGCAAAGGAUUCCCACCAUGUUCUUACUUAUUCUUUUGUGUUUUAAACAUUAAAGGUUCAUUUCCCUCCCCCAAA